AUGACUACAAAAUUUGAACAGUUAUCAAAUGAAUUAAUAUUAAUUUGUUUUUCAUAUUUCGAUUUCUAUGAAUUAUAUGAUCUAUUCUUUAGUUUAAAUCAACGUUUUAAUCAAUUAAUUCAAUAUCAAACAAAAAUGCACAUUAAUUUGUCUUCAAUUCCAUCUGGAAAAUUUUUUACAUUUUUUUUUCACUUAAAUCGAUUCAUGACAACAACUCAAAACUAUCCAUUAUCAAUUAUAGCUAAUGAUAAAUGCGAACUUAAUGUAAUAUUACAAGAUGAUUUGUUUAAAGAAAAGUUUUCUAAAUUAAAAUCAUUAACAUUAACAAAUAUGGAUGUUGAAGCUAUCUAUUCUAUAAUAUUUGAAAAAAAAGCAGAAUUAUAUAAUAGUUUAGAACGAUUAACCUUACUAGAAAUGGAUCGUACAGCAGAUGGUGGAAGAUUUGCAAUAGAAAAUUUAUGUGAUAGUUUAAUAUCAUCAAAAAUGAAAAUGUUAAAAUAUUUGAAUUUAAAUUUUCAAAGAUUUUCGUGCAGAUGUGGACGUUGUUCGUUCGAACAUGACAGUAUUACUUAUUUAUAUUUUAAUGUAUUAACAAAUAGAGAAGAAAAAUCAUUAAGUUCUUUAAAGACAAUUAUUAUUGGAAAUAUCUCUGAUGAUGAUUAUUGUUAUUCCAAUACAACAGUAUGCUUUUAUUCAUUGAUUACAGAUUUAUUACCAUGUCUACCAAAAUUAAAAAAAUUAAUUAUAAAUUCAGUUCAUUUCGAAGAUUACGACUAUAACCAAAAUCACAAAGAAUUAUCGAUCACAGCAGCGACGCCAAUUUCACCAUUAAAUUUAAAAGUAAUUAAAAUCUGGAUUAAUAGAUAUGCUGACCAUCGAAAUGAUGAGAAAAUGUAUAUAAAUAUAAUACAAAAUUUCUUUACAAAUAACAACUCAUCUGAUAUGUCAACAAUUAAAAUAUUCACUAUUAACAAUAAAAAUGUUUUAUAGAACUUCAUCUGUUUUAAACUUUUGACUUUUUGGUCUUUUUAUUAUGAAGAAACAAAUCUUGAGAAAUUCUUUGUAUAUAUUAUCGAAUAAAGGAGAAAAAUAAAUAAAACAUUUGCUACUCUUCUUAUCUAUGAAAUUCAUUUCCAAAUAAUGGUCAACUAGUUCGUUUUCAAAAAUUACUGUUUCCUAAUGACUAAAUUGAGAGAAAGUUAAGGAUCUUCUCCUUGUGAAAAUCAAUAUUUGAUGAUCGCUUUUUAUUUUCGUGUGCGUUUCAAUUUCAGUUUUUGUAGCAUUGUUUGCUUCAAUAACUCGAACACAAAGGAGAAAAAAACCGAUCCUAAUAGCUUAUAGAACUCAUCGGAAUCUACCAGAAAGGUGAGUGUCAGUAGAUAAUUAAAGAUAUAAAUAUCCAUACCUACACUCUCAUAAACUGUAAAAAAAAAGUGAUGCAGGUGCGAGUGUGGGUGUCAGAGAUGAAGAUACCAUCCAUACCAAUCCAUCCUCAUAUAGAUAAGACUCAUCGAUUUCAAAAGUUUUGUUCUUGAAUCUGGCUGAUUAAAUGAUUUCUUAUUUCGGAUAUGGACCAUAGUUUUUAUAUUUGCACCAAAGUUCUUUUCGAACUGAAUUUGAUGGACGCUCCAAAAAUUCGAGAUCCUUAUUUUCCUGUAUUUGUAUCAUUUACUGGGAUAUUUCCUAUGUUUCUCCGAUAAUCUUGAUAGUGAUCUUUUAAUAAGAACGUUAUAUUGGGUUUCCAAUUCUGACUAGAAUUCGCCAGAUUGAAAAUCUUGAGGGUGAGGAUGUAGGUAUGAUAGGUGAUUAUAAUCUCCCCAUCCACACCUAUGCAGAGAAUAAGAAUAAUAAAAAGGGCAAGAGGAAAAACAGACAUGACGAUGCAGCGGUCGUCACACAUCUAAGCCGGCAAAAAGUUAGUCAACUCGUUCGACGGAACCGCUUCGAUUAUUAGUACAUUACAAGGGUGUGGGUGUGGGUGUGGGGUGUGGGUGUGGGUGUGGGCGGGUGUGGGUGUGGAGUGUGGGUGUGGGUGUGGGUGUGGGUGUGUGGGGUGUGGGUGUGGGUGUGGGUGUGGGUGUGGGUGGGUGUGGGUGUGUGGGUGUGGGUGUGGGUGUGGGUGGGUGUGGGUGUGGGGUGUAGGUGGGUUGGUGGGUGUGGGUGUGGGUGUGAGUGUGGCUGAAUAGAAUACUAUGACCCACAACCACAUCCCACACCCACCCACACCCACAUCCACACCCCACACCCACACCCCACCCACGCCCCACAUCCACACUGACACCCACACCCAAUUUUCAUUGACAAGAGACGAUUGCAAGACAAAAUAGGUGUGACAUUCAGAAUCAGCGUCAAAACUACAUCGAAUCGAAUAAAUUCUAUAGAAUUUUUUUUCUAUGAACAACUGACUCCUGGGGACCACGGGGGCAAAGUUUUAAUAAAAUAUAGCCCUGAGAGACCACAGAUGAUUUUUCAUAGAAAAAAAUGUCCCUAGAAUUUAUUCGAUUCGAUGUAGUUUUGACGCUGAUUCUGAAUGUCAGAUUUAUUUUGUCUUGUAAUCGUCUCUUGUCAAAGAAAAUCGCUAAAAAUGUUAUGUUUCUUUUGAAAAAUCAUUAGAAAUCACUAUGAAAAAUAUAUUUGUGAGCCCUGUUUCGCCUCAAAGGCGAACUUCUUUUUUCUAUAUUUUUUACCAUUUUGUAGAAAAUCAAAAGUUGCAUAAUAUAUCAAAAACUCAGCUUGGUCUGGCUAGAUUAAAAAAUGGCAACAGGUAUAUUGCCAAAAAUCGACCGUUAUGGACUCAUGAAUUAUGAUCUUUCCCGCUCAUAUUGCACUUCAGAAUACCAAUAAAUGGAUAAUAUACAAUAGUUCAAAUAUCUUAUUUUUUUCAGCGAUUGAAUCUCUAUCUAUUAGUAUAUUGCACGGAAAAAAUCUUCGAUUUACCUAAGCAUAAGCCUAAUAAACAUUUAUCGUGCUAUUUUUUAUUAUUAUUUUUUUUUGAUAGUACGUUGAUAGUGCUCUAAAGUCGGUAUUGGCUAACUUUACUAUAGUACAUCUAAAUGAGCUAAAAAUUUAGGUUUUGUGGUUUCAGAUUAUGAUCUUCAAACGCAGAAAAAAAAUCUAAAAUCUAAAAUUUGACCAGUACUUCGUAUACUGGAAUGAUCGUCAGUGUUUUUCAAACUUUAGACAAGAAUAUCUGACGAAAGUUAAGCUCUUUUUCCAUAAAAUUUACAUAUUAUAAUUAAACAAUCAAUCGUUUGACACCUUCUCUCUCUAAAAUGAUCUUUAGUAAUAACUUUAGAAAUUCCUUCUUCCACCGACCUUCCUAACUGAUCAAAUGAUUACCAAACAACCUUCUAUACGUGUCUAUAAAAUAACAUAAGUCACUUAUGUACAGUCCAAUCAUCUGACAUUUUCGUAAUGCAAAAUAUAAAAAUAAUUUUAUAAUCAUUCUUGUUAAAUAUGUUCUCAUGUAGAUUUAUAUAAUUAGUGUCAAUUUCACCUUUAUAUGGUGAAAAUUCGAGCCUAUUUAGAAAAGCUUUUAUUCUUUUAUUAUAAAUUUCUUUGCUGUUUUUUUGUUGUGACUGUUUCAUAAUGACUAACUUUUGUAUACACUUUUUUCUUGCUUUACCGUAUUGAACUGUUGCUCAAUCGCUGCUGAAAUAUGAAUUGAGAAUUAUCGUUCAGCAAAAGUUUUGAAGAAAUUGAUUAUUAUUCUACCUUUUUAUCAAGUAACAUAUAAUCCGUGUAUUGUUCGUGUUCAUGAGACUGUGAUAGAGUAUUUAUCAAUGUCUUUUGUUUUCUUUUUGCUAUUCUGAUUUGUUUCUUUUUCUUAUCGAUUUUUGUGAUUCAGAGAAUGAAGUGAAUAUUGGCAUCUUUAUUCGAUUCGAUCGACUCAAUGAACUUCAAACUUGAUUCGAUUCAGCCAAAUCGAAUCGAAGUAUUCGUCGAUUAGAUAUGAUUUCGGUGUCUGUCUCAUCAUUUCAUUUUUCUAUACAAGGGUGUGGGUGUGGGUGUGGGUGUGGAUAUCUUCUCAACACCUACACCCACACCCACACCCACACCCACACCCACACCCACACCCACACCCACACCCGCACCC